AUGGCAGAUGACGAGCUCGCGGGCCCGUCUGGGGCCUUGGAGGAAGAUCUCGGCAUGCCAAAGGCAACCGUCGGCAAAGUCAUCACCGGCAAGACAUCCACACUAUCACCCUCACUCGCGCUGACCUGUCAGGUAUGGACGACAGAGAUCCUGGCCAAUGAAGAUAUCACAUGCUCAAAGGAGUCUCGGGACCUCAUUGCCGAUUUUUGCAAAGAAUUCAUAACGUUGAUAUCGUCUGAGGCCAACGAGAUCUGUGAGAAAGGCUCGAGAAAGACGAUCGCACCAGAGCAUGUCAUUGCAGCGCUCAAGUCACUUGGUUUUGAGAGAUACGUGGAAGAAGUAGAAGAAGCGACAGCAGAGAACAAGCAGAACGCAAAGACUCGCGAGAAAGCGAAAAAGACGACAAAGUUGGACUCGUCGGGCAUGACGGAGGAAGAACUACUGCAGAAGCAAGAGCAACUCUUUGCAGCCUCUCGUGCGCGGUACGAUGCCACUCAGUGA